AUCCAGAGCACACUUUCAGCAAGAGCACUGGCUGGUUCAGCUUCUUCUGAGGGGUUCUCUGGAAGACAUCAUGUUACACUCAGCUUUGGCCCUGUGCCUCUUAUUUAUCACAGUUUCUUCCAGCCUUGCCCUUGUAAUCAGAAAGGAAAAGAGACCUCCACAGACCCUGUCAAGAGGAUGGGGUGAUGACAUCACUUGGGUACAAACUUAUGAAGAAGGUCUCUUCCAUGCUCAGAAAAGUAACAAGCCAUUGAUGGUUAUUCAUCACUUGGAAGACUGUCAAUACUGCCAAGCACUAAAAAAAGUAUUUGCCCAAAAUGAAGAAAUACAAGACAUGGCUCAGAAUAAUUUCAUCAUGUUGAAUCUCAUGCAUGAGACCACUGACAAGAAUUUAUCACCUGAUGGGCAGUAUGUGCCUAGAAUCAUGUUUGUUGACCCUUCCUUAACAGUCAGAGCUGAUAUAACUGGAAGAUACUCUAACAGAUUGUAUACAUAUGAACCUCAGGAUUUACCAAUAUUGAUAGAAAACAUGAAAAGAGCAUUAAGACUUAUUCAAUCAGAGUUAUGAAGAAUGAUGGAAAAUGUCUUUAUAAUUCUGAGGUCAAAUACCAUGAAGAAAACAUCUGACUUACUGACAAAACCUAAAUGUGCAAAUAUAUGGAUUUUGUAAUGCUAUUUAGAUUUUUUAAAUGUGUUUUAAAUAUUCUUGUGACAAUAUAAUGAUAUUUCAAU